GACGUGGCGCCGGGCCGCCGCCAUGUUGUUUUGCUUCGUUGUCAGUAGAGAGGAGCGGCGGCGGCGGCGGCAGCAGAGCGGCGCUUUUACCUGACAGUGUGUCUGACCCCUCCCAUCAGCCUGCAUUGCCAUGGCGACUUUCCCAGAGUACAUCGCUUCAAACGAGGAGCGAGACGGCGUGCGCUUCAGCUGGAACGUCUGGCCGUCCAGCAGACUGGAGGCUACCCGGAUGGUGGUCCCCGUUUCAGCCCUGUUCACCCCGCUGAAGGAACGGCCCGACCUGCCGCCCAUUCAGUACGAACCGGUUCUCUGCAGCCGUGCCACCUGCCGCGCUGUGCUCAACCCACUGUGUCAGGUGGACUACAGAGCCAAGCUGUGGGCCUGUAACUUCUGCUACCAGAGGAACCAGUUUCCUCCAUCUUACGCUGGAAUCUCUGAGGUGAACCAACCAGCUGAGCUGCUGCCUCAGUUCUCCACCAUCGAGUAUGUGGUCCAGCGAGGCCCUCAGAUGCCACUGGUCUUCCUGUACGUGGUGGACACCUGUAUGGAGGACGAGGACCUGCAGGCUCUGAAGGAGUCCCUGCAGAUGUCCCUGUCUCUGCUGCCUCCCACUGCACUGGUCGGACUCAUCACCUUCGGCCGCAUGGUUCAGGUUCACGAGCUGGGCUGUGAGGGGAUUUCCAAGAGCUACGUCUUCAGGGGCACCAAGGACCUGAACGCCAAGCAGCUCCAGGAGAUGCUCGGUCUGACCAAACCUUCAGCCACUCAGGGACGAGGACCUCAACCUGCCCAACAGCCUCUGUCCAACAGGUUCCUGCAGCCGGUGCAGAAGAUCGACAUGAACCUGACUGACCUGCUGGGGGAGCUGCAGCGCGACCCCUGGCCCGUCACUCAGGGAAAGAGACCACUGCGCUCGCUGGGCGUUGCCAUGUCCAUUGCUGUGGGCCUGCUGGAGUGCACCUUCCCGAACACGGGCGCUCGGAUCAUGACCUUCAUCGGAGGCCCAGCCACGCAAGGCCCCGGCAUGGUGGUGGGGGAUGAACUAAAGACCCCAAUCAGGUCCUGGCACGACCUCGAGAAGGACAACGCCAAGUUCAUGAAGAAAGCCACCAAGCACUAUGAGUCUCUAGCUAACAGAGCGUCCACUAACGGCCACAUUAUCGACAUCUACGCCUGUGCUCUUGAUCAGACCGGCCUGCUGGAGAUGAAGUGCUGCGCCAACUAUACCGGAGGUUACAUGGUGAUGGCCGACUCCUUCAACACGUCUCUCUUCAAACAAACCUUCCAGAGAGUUUUCACCAAAGACGUCCAGGGAUCCUUCAAGAUGGCCUUCGCUGCCGCGCUGGAGGUCAAGACAUCCAGAGAGAUCAAAGUAUCUGGAGCCAUCGGACCGUGUGUGUCUCUGAACGCUAAAGGACCCUGUGUCUCUGAGAACGAGAUCGGAACAGGAGGAACGUGUCAGUGGAAGAUCUGCGGUUUGGAUCCGACCACCACGCUGGCUCUGUACUUCGAGGUGGUGAACCAGCACAACGCUCCGAUCCCUCAGGGCGGCCGUGGAGCGAUCCAGUUUGUCACUCAGUACCAACACUCAUCAGGACAGAGACGCAUCAGAGUCACCACCACCGCCAGGAACUGGGCAGAUGCUCAGACUCAAAUUCAAAGCAUCGCAGCGUCAUUUGAUCAGGAGGCGGCGGCCAUCUUGAUGGCGAGGUUGGCGGUGUACCGGGCGGAGACGGAGGAGGGUCCUGAUGUCCUCCGAUGGUUGGACAGACAGCUCAUCAGAUUGUGUCAGAAGUUUGGAGAUUACCACAAAGACGAUCCAAACUCCUUCAGGUUCUCUGAGACCUUCUCCCUCUACCCUCAGUUCAUGUUCCACCUGCGGCGCUCUCCGUUCCUGCAGGUGUUCAACAACAGUCCAGAUGAGAGUUCAUAUUACAGACAUCAGUUCAACAGACAGGAUCUGACUCAGGCUCUCAUCAUGAUCCAACCAGUGCUCUACGCUUAUUCAUUUAACGGACCGCCUGAGCCGGUCCUUUUGGACAGCAGCAGCAUCCUGCCAGACCGAAUCCUACUAAUGGACACUUUCUUCCAGAUCCUCAUCUACCACGGAGAGACUGUAGCUCAGUGGAGGAAGGCUGGUUACCAGGAAAUGCCUGAGUAUGAGAACUUCAAACACCUCCUUCAGGCUCCGGUGGACGACGCUCAGGAGCUGCUGCACACUCGCUUCCCAAUGCCUAGAUACAUUGACACCGAGCACGGAGGCAGCCAGGCUCGCUUCCUGCUCUCCAAAGUGAACCCCUCCCAGACCCACAACAACAUGUACGCCUGGGGGCAGGUGAGACUUUGACCUUUAAAUCCAGUUCAGACCAAAGAUUAUC